AUGUCAGGCAUUAGGCACUGCCGCGUCAAGCUGCCUCCUGUGGCGCUCACCACCCCCGGGAGGCGGCUGGUAUCAAAGUAUCCUGUAUCAUUUGAACCUAAUGCGCAGCAUGUUCAUGAGGUCAACUGCUACAUUUCUGGGGGGCCUUCAGCAGAGAAUUUCAGUGAUUUGUCCAGGGAAAAGAGGGAACAGGCCAAGAGCGCCAUCAAAUCUGCAGUCAGGGAGGAGAAGGAGUUGAAAUUCAACAGGUUGGCAGUCAAGGAUAAUAUUGCAGUGCAGGGCCUCCCUACCACCUGCGCAUCUCGUAUUCUACGGGGCCAUGAGAUCCCCUUCACUGCCACCGUGGUCAAACAAUGGGAGACUUACAAUGCCGCCAUCGUCCGGGGCAAAACGAACAUGGACGAGUUCGGAAUGGGCUCACAUUCGACUGCGUCUGCGUAUGGCCCCGUGUCGAACGUACAUCCGCUUGAAGGAAGAUCACCUGGAGGAAGUUCUGGUGGUAGCGCUGCCGCUGUCCGCAUCCGCGAUUCCAAGGACGCGCUCGGCACCGACACCGGCGGUUCUAUACGCAUCCCCGCUGCAUAUACCUGCACCUAUGGGUUUAAACCGUCGUAUGGCAUGUUGUCACGUUGGGGGGUCGUACCCUAUGCCAACUCGCUGGACACCGUCGGCAUCAUUGCCAGGCAGUUGGAGCGGAUCACGAAAAUGAUACAAAAUCUGUACCACAAACACGAUCCCAAUGACCCAACAUCACUACCGAAUUCUGUGCGAGAGCGGGGUAUCGGGCUGCAAUCCCAUCCUAAAAAUGGUAGGCUCGAUGGUUUUACGUUUGGCGUUCCUAUCGAGUACAACAUCGAAGAGCUUGAUUCGAGAAUCCGCACUGGAUGGACGCAGGCUCUCGAAAAGAUUCAAGAGCUUGGUGGUCGUGUUGUCCCGAUAUCUCUGCCCUCUACCAAGCAUGCCUUGUCAGCCUACUACAUCAUUGCACCUGCAGAAGCAGCAUCCAACCUCUCCAAAUACGAUGGCAUCAGGUACGGAAAGCGAGACGACGGAACGGCCAGUGACGCUGUUGACGGUGUCUUGUAUGCAAAUACCAGAGGAGCUGGGUUCGGGGCCGAGGUUAAACGGCGCAUCCUACUCGGCUCCUACACUCUCAGCUCUGAGGCCAUGAACAACCAUUUUAUCCAGGCUCAGAAAGUCCGUCAGCUUGUCCGAAGGGAUUUUGACCGGGUAUUUGUUCUAUCGAAUCCGCUGAAAGACGAAGAAGUCUUUGAUUUGAGCGACAUGGACGGUUCGGUCGUGCUCGAGAACAAGCUUGGCCCGAGCCAGGUAGAUUUCGUGGUCUGCCCGACUGCGCCGACACCGCCACCAUCGCUAGAGGACGUCGCAAAGCAGACGCCACUGGACGCAUACAUGAAUGAUGUAUUCACCGUUCCAGCAAGUCUGGCAGGGCUUCCAGCCCUCAGCAUGCCCAUGGAUAUCCCACGUGUCCCGGCCCUAGGGACGGCAGAUAUGGGCUUCGGAGGAUUGCAGCUCAUCGGGCAGUUUUGGGACGACGCACGAUUGCUUGCCGUAGCAGGUCACUUGGCCCCUGUCAUAUCAACCGAAACCUUUAUGGCUCAGAGCAGAUUUCACAAGCAUCUUGCAGGUGAAUAAGUAUUUGUUAGGCAACUAGGGUAUCAUUAAAGAGAGCCCAUAUUAUACAUCGCAGUUGAAUGAGAUACCCAUACUACUCUUACCACUGCCUCCAAAUCCACUUCAGUGGCCUGAAAAUCGAUUCAAGGUCUUCUUAACCGUCUUGUGCAGUGGAUCAAGGAUUCUGCGUCACGUUAUGACCUGAGAUCUGCAACUUUGAAAUCCCGCCUCACCUUGUUAAGUUCUCGCUUCGGUCGACAUCCGUAUCGUCUCGGUCGUAGUUACGUGACCGCGACCGAGAUCGUGACCACGAUCUUGACCUCGACCACGACCUCCCCCGACUGCUGCGAUGGUUACUCCUCUCCCUCUCCCCUUCUUCCACCAUCCCCUCUU